UCUCCGAGCCGCCUUUACCGCUGGCGAAAAAGAUGGGAAAAUCUGAUAGACAUUUCUCCUAAAAUUACCAUAAAAAUGAGCGUUUUUUGCUGACAAUAUCCACGUGACAGAAGACUGAGUCCUGGCAUCGAUUACAACUCCAACAGAAAACGAGAAAGAUUGAUCUCAUUUGGGAAUUGCAUUAACGCCAUCUGUUCCUGAAGUGGAGAGCAAGAGAUCUCUGUCAGAUCAUGAAUAUUGUGUCCACCCUGUUCACUUGAAGAAGCCUCACAACACAAUUUCACUCCUCUGUUUGAAAGCACAAGUACAAAGUCUGCAAGGACAGACCCACAGAUCAUUGGGGCCGUGAUUCAGUUUAGCUGUUUGCUCCUCUCUUCUAUUUAGCAGAAAAUGUAUGGUAGUGCCCGCUCUGUUGGCAGAGGGGAUGCCAACCACAGUGGAGGAAGAGAUGGGGGUGGUGCUAGUAAUCAGGGAUCUGGUCGUUCCCCUCGCCUUCCUCGCUCUCCUCGAAUGGGACACCGGCGCACCAACAGCACCGGCGGUAGUGGAGGGGGUCCUGGAGGACCAGGAGGCAAAACGCUUUCCAUGGAGAACAUCCAGUCUCUCAACGCUGCGUAUGCCACUUCAGGACCCAUGUAUCUGAGUGAUAACGAGGUUGCCAUGGCAGGUGAUCACAUUCCAAAAAGUGGAGGGACGGUGACCACCAUGAGCAGACAGAGAGUUGCAUAUGGGUCAAGAGGUAGUGGUGGUGGAGUUGUAGCUGCUAGCACACCCAAUAUCUCAACCUCAAUCCCCGCCAACGCUGUGUUGCCAGCAGGUUUGAUGGCAGGUGAUGCUCUAGCUUUUGGGGACCACCACAUGGCCUCCACGGUCCCCCAUUCUCUAAGGCAGGCCAGAGACAACACCAUACUAGAUCUACAAGCACAACUUAAAGAGGUGCUGCGUGAAAAUGAAAUGCUGCGGAGGGAAGUGGAAGUCAAGGAGAGCAAACUCAGUUCCUCCAUGAAUUCUAUAAAGACCUUCUGGAGCCCAGAGUUAAAAAAGGAGAGAGCUCUCAGGAAAGACGAAGCCUCUAAGAUUUCUGUUUGGAAGGAACAAUACCGUGUUAUUCAAGAUGAAGCACAGCAUCUCCAGAUGACGGUUCAGGCCCUUCAGGAUGAGCUGAGGAUUCAGAGGGACCUGAACCAGCUGCUGCAGCAAGAUCCCGCCAAUCAAGGAAGGGACCUGGCCCUGACGUCUGAGCCUACAGAGGAGAAUUACCGGCGGCUACAAGGCGAAUAUGAGAGACAGGCAAAAGAGCUGUUUCUUCUUAGGAAAACACUGGAGGAGAUGGAGCUGAGGAUCGACACACAAAAGCAAACCUUGGUAGCCAGAGAUGAGUCCAUCAAAAAACUUCUGGAAAUGCUGCAGAGCAAAGGGCCAUCUGCCAAGGCCUCGGAGGAGGACCAGGAGAGGACCAGACGGCUGGCAGAUGCAGAGAUGCACAGACAUCACCUGGAGAGUCUGCUGGACCAGAGAGACAGAGAGAUUACUGCUCUGAGAGAGGAGCUUCACCGUCGAUACGAAGGUACCCCUGAGUCCACCAAAACAAAAGCACUACAGACUGUUAUCGACAUGAAGGAUGCAAAAAUCAACUCGAUGGACCGCAGCCUGAGGGACAUGGAGGAGGAGGUGCUAAUGCUUAAAUCCAAUGGACUUCUGAGCUGUGAGGAGCGUCAAGAGGAGAUGAAGCAAAUGGAGGUGUACCGAAGUCACACCAAGUUCAUGAAGAACAAGGUGGAACAACUCAAACAGGAUCUCUCCAGGAAGGACACGGAAAUGCUUGGCUUGCAGACCAAACUGGAGACUCUAAACAAUCAGUUCUCAGACAGCAAGCAGCACAUUGAAGUCCUGAAGGAAUCUCUCACUGCUAAGGAGCAGCGCGCUGCCAUUUUACAAACAGAGGUUGAUGCCUUACGUCUGAGAUUAGAGGAGAAGGAGGCGACCUUGAAUAAGAAGAGCAAACAGAUACAAGAAAUGUCAGAGGAGAAGGGAACCCUCAACGGAGAAAUCCACGACCUCAAGGACAUGCUGGAGGUUAAGGAGCGCAAAAUUAAUGUGCUGCAGAAAAAGAUUGAGAACCUGCAGGAGCAACUGAGGGACAAAGAGAAGCAAAUGAGCAGCCUAAAGGAGAGAGUGAAGUCCUUGCAGGCAGACACCUCCAAUACUGAUACUGCUCUCACCACACUGGAGGAGUCACUCUCAGAGAAGGAGCGCAUUAUUGAGCGUCUGAAGGAACAGCGGGAUAGAGACGACCGGGAGAAGACCGAGGAGCUUGAUUGCACAAAGAAGGAACUGAAAGAGUUUAAAGAACGACUGAGUUUGCUGCAGGGAGACCUGUCAGACAGAGAGACCUCGCUUUUGGACCUGAAGGAGCACGCGUCGUCCCUGGCCUCCUCAGGACUGAAGAAAGACUCCAAACUUAAGAGUCUGGAAAUUACCUUGGAGCAGAAAAAGGAGGAAUGCCUCAAACUGGAGAACCAACUAAAGAGGGCACAGAAUGCAGCCCUGGAGGCUCAAGCCAACACUGAGCUAGCUGAGCGCAUUAAGAACCUGGAGCAGGAGGUGGCUCGGUACAGAGAGGAUUCUGGGAAGGCACAGGCUGAGGUGGACCGCCUUCUUGAGAUACUUAGGGAAAUGGAGAAUGAGAAAAAUGACAAGGACAAAAAGAUCAAUGAGCUUGAAAGACAGAUGAAGGACCAGUCCAAAAAGGUGGCGUCACUGAAGCACAAAGAGCAAGUGGAGAAGAGCCGGAACGCUCGACUAAUGGACGAGGCCAGGAAGAGGGAGGACAACCUCUCUGAAUCCUCACAGCAGGUGAAGGACACAUUGCGUCAGAAGUCAGAGCGCAUAGAGGAGCUGGAGGAGGCUCUGAGAGAGAGCGUUCAAAUCACAGCUGAGCGAGAAAUGGUGCUCGCACAGGAGGAAGCUGCCAGGUCGCUGCAGGAGAAGCAGAUGGAGGAGCUGUUGGGGGCCAUGGAGAAGGUGAAGCAGGAGCUUGAGUCCAUGAGGGCAAAGCUGUCCUCCACCCAACAGUCUCUGGGUGAAAAAGAAGCACAUCUCACAACCCUGCGAGCUGAGCGCAGGAAACACCUGGAGGAGGUGCUGGAAAUGAAACAGGAGGCGUUGUUAGCUGCUAUCAGCGAGAAGGACGCGAACAUCGCACUGCUGGAGUUGUCCUCCUCUAAGAAGAAGAAGACCCAGGAUGAAGUGGCUCUGCUGAAGCGGGAGAAGGACAGACUGGUGCAACAGCUUAAGCAGCAGACUCAGAACAGGAUGAAGCUCAUGGCAGAUAACUACGAAGAUGAUCAUCUGAAGACUGCUCCUGACCAGACAAAUCACAGGCCCUCUCCAGAUCAGAUGAUAUCCCCUCUUUUAGCCUUGUCCCAGAACCGCAGUAAACUCAAACUCUACAUCGCCCACCUGACAGACCUCUGCCAUGACCGAGACCCCAGCAUUCUCAGUCAGCUCACACCACCCUCUCACUACCACCAAAGCGACCCUGAAGACUGGGAGGACGAGCUCCAGAAGAUGAACGUCGAACAGUUGGAGCGGGAGCUGGAGGUGUGUGAGAGGGAGAGCGCCGAGCUGCAGGAAUACGCCAACUCAGUUCUCCAGCAAAUUGCAGACUACUGCCCCGAUAUCCUGGAACAGGUUGUCAAUGCCCUGGAGGAGUCAUGCUGACAACUCUGACCUCACACACAACCAAGCUGAGCCCAAGAGGCCCUACCUCCACCCAAAAGAGAGAGAGAGAGAGAGAAGGAAAGCUGGGGCAUUAUCCCUCACCCCCCUCUGGACUCUUCCUCUUUGUUCCCUUCGUCUAACUCGCUGCAAGCUUUCAGGUCUGAUGACUGAAGCCUGACUCUGAGUGCUUUCCUGUCUCGUGUUGCUUUGGGAACAGGCGUGUGGGUGAAAUCAGAUUAGGGAUGUUCAGAAAUUAUUUAUGGCAUUUUGAAGGGACAUACAUUUCAGUAGAAAGAAUGAAUUACACAACUAAUCACGUCACGCAGAUAAUGGGUUAUUGAAAAGUUUAUGAGCACAUCAAAUAUAAUGUUUCCGAUUGAUAUACUAACAAACAUGCUACAUGGGUCGGGUGCACUGGGAGAGAACCUGUCAGAAGAAAGAAGAAAACGUUCACACAAAGUCCUGAAAUUUACUGCCAACCCCCUGAUGCCUCUGCAGACCUUCGCUCAUAGCUGGAUUCACAAGAUGAGGCAAUUUGGUCUUUGUCCUUUAUCCAUUAGAUUCCCUUCACAAACCUUUCACGUUAAAAGAGCUACAUAUAUUCCUCACAUGGGACAGGAAAGUACUUUUUUGUCUCAGAGAUCUGCAGAGCUGCUACAUCAGUGCCAGGGAGAGGCUGGGUACGGAGGGUAAAUCUUGGAGCCAUGACGCUGCCUCUUUAGUAUUGUAGUCAGUGUUGCCUAAUGUAGUGACACUUAUUAAAUGUCAUUCUAACCAAAUGAGUACAGCGUGCUCCUGAACUGUGUCAGUGUAGCUCGAAUUAGGUUGUUGGUACGUUACUGCGGCAUCAGUGGCUGGGCCAUUGACAUCAGAGGGAGAUCAAAGUUCAACCUUUGUUCAGAGUUCACUUACAGUGAGAGAGAGUUGGUUUUUUUUUUUUGGGAGGGGACUUCUAUUGUUGGCGAUGUAUUAAUUUCUUGAUGGUUUGCACACAGCGUCCUCUUGUUUAUAAGGUAUGCAAUGUUUCCUUUGAGAACGUUCUUGUGGCCUUGGAGCAUGCACAGAGAUCAGUACUGGACCUAACGCAGGGAUAUUUAUUUCUCCGCAAAACUGGUGCUAAGGCAUGAUGUAAGAAUUUUCAACUGAUCUUCAUCCAGUUUCAUCCAAAGUUUAUAUAAAUGUUAUUUAAAGCCCACAUUCUCUCUACUUUAUUGACUGAAGAAUACAAGGGAUACCUUUUUUUUUUUUUUUUUUUUUCUUAUAUUUUCAGAAAAGAUACGAGAUGCCUCUGUUAUUUCAUGGUUUUUUCUUUUCAAUUCUUCAGGGCUGAGGUUUUUAAUUACUGAGGGCAUCUGCAUUUACAGGAAAUGAAAGUCACUUUUGAGAAUUUUUUGACUUUUUAGAUCAGUUUGUAAAUAAUGUGAUAUUUAACACAGUGACUGAAUAAAGUAAAAGUAAUUAAGUGGAAAGUGUUGUGUGUUUUAAGAAAAAAAAUCUGAUAUAUAAAAGCAGUGCAGUUGUCUUUAGUGUUUUAUUUUGUCUUGAGGACAAAAUGUGUGUGACAGUGCAGUGCUGCCAUAACUUGCAGAAAGUCAUGUCAUAUAUAUAUAUAUAUAUAUAAUCAGUACAGACCAAAAGUUUGGACACACUUCCCCAUUUGUUUGAAUGAGAAGGUGUGUCCAAACUUUUGGUCUGUACUGUAUUUAUAUAUAUAAAAAAUUAUAUAAAUAAAAAAUGUUUACUGUUUCAAUAUGCAUCGAAUGUUUGCACAGAAUCUUAAAGAGCAAGUUGCUCUGGACAAAAUGUUCUCAGCAGAAAAUGAGGAAAGUGUCAAAGAAAAUAGUCAAAAUAAUGUGUAAAUUACAAACUGUUUUCAAACCGUGACUGUGUGAUGGGAGACUACUUUUCCUUUUAUUUCAAAUUAUUGUCUUAAAUAUAUUUUUCCAUUUAAUGUUUAUCUGUUAAGAGAUUCCCGUGUCAUCCUCGCUUUUCUUUGGCUGGUGGUUUUUUGAUUGAUAGAUUCAGGUCUUGUAGGAAAAAAAAAAAACACGAGGUUUUCUUACCUCUUAUUUGUACCACAUACAUUUGGGAGAAUGUCAGAUUGAGAACCAAACAAUGGCGGCUGUCAGAGGAUGCUGGUUAUCAGCUUAGUUUUAUUUUUCAUUGUCAAAGUGGACACUCGUCUCUUUCAGUUUUAACUCCUCACCAUUGAUUUGUGAGAAGUGUUUAAUUCCCCUUUCUUUGGCCUGUACGCGACCCUGCCCUUGCCUUAAUGUCUGGUCAUCUCUUUUUCUCAACUCUUUAUUGUGAAACACAGAGCUGACUAAAAGGGCCGUCAGUCAAGUUCUUGGUGUGUUUUUGUCCUUUUGCAUUUGCAUAAGAAGUGUACUGCCUUCUGUCUGUUCAUGUUACAAAUCAAAAUAUGUAAAAAGAAAGCAAAACAGACAUGUUAGUGAGUUAUUUGGAUUUUAUAUGUAUGUAAAUAAAUUAUAAGCCUUA